AUGGCGGUUGGCGCAUGUAUUAGAGGGUUCCGUUCUUCCAUGCGCCCAGUGAUAGCCGUGGAUGCCACUCAUUUAAAAUCCAAGUACAAGGGUGUUGUGUUUGUUGCAAAUGCAUUUGAUGGUAAUCGAAAUAUAUAUCCUCUUGCUUUUGGGAUCGGGGAUUUGGAGACGGAUGCAUCAUGGCAUUGGUUUUUCACUAAACUUCAUGAAGCCAUUGGUGAGUGUCCCAAUCUUGUUAUUAUUUCUGAUCGCAAUGUUAGCAUAGAGAAUGUGUGGAACAAAAUUUUUCCAACUGCACAACAUGGCAUAUGCUUUUAUCAUAUGAAGGGGAACAUGAAACGCACUUGCAAGUUGAAAAAGCGUGAUCACAUACUUAUGCACUUUGAGAAGGCUGCGAAAUCUUAUUCCAUUGCUGAAUUUGAUUGUCAUUUUCGCAAGAUCAAGCGAAAGGAACAUGUUGCUCAAUAUCUUGAAGAGGCAGGGUUACAUAAGUGGUCUAGAGCUCACAUGGAUGGACGCCGCUACAAUGUAAUGACAACAAAUAUUGCGGAGUCAAUCAACUCAGUCCUUAGGUUUGCAAGAAUGCUGCCAGUGGUUCAUUUGCUAGGGGAAAUUGUUAAUCUCCUUGUGAAAUGGUUCACCGAACGUCGUGAGUUGGCUUUGAAUUGCACAACAACAUUGUGCCCCAAUUUUGGAGAGAAGAAGUUGAGGAACAGGUUGGAGGAUGCUGCAAGGAUGAAUGUGGUUAAAGUUAAUAAUGCACAGUAUAAUGUUUUGGACGGUGAUAUGGACGGCCUUGUAGAUUUGACGAACAACAGUUGUAGUUGUAGAAAGUUUCAGCUUGAGCAACUACCUUGCAAGCAUGUAGUUGCAGUUUGCCGCUUCUUGAAAGUAAGUAUAUACACAAAGGCUUCUAGUAUUACACUCGGAAACCUGGAUGGAUGUGGAUGCUUAUUCGGAUAG